AUGGUGACAAUAGAUUUGGUUACCUAUAGAAAAACUCCAGGAGAUAUUUGUGCCAAGAUAAUUACAAAUAAAGUAUCUCUGUUUAUAACCCUUCAUACCUGUCUUCUUCCCCCCCCCCCACUAAUAAAAUUCUCCCAGCCAAUAGAGAAAGAGUUUGAAGAUUUAGAUGAAAUGAACACCCAGCGCCUCACUCAGGAGACUAUGUACCUUCUCUUGAAACGGUUUGACAUCCAACCUGAAGUAACUCGAGGUGAAAUCCGCAGGCUGUGGGAAACUUUAAUUACAAAUCAGGACAAUACCCUUGACUUCAUGGAGUUUGUGAGAUACUUUGGCUACUCCUCCAGCUCAUCAUGCUUCCCCAAUGCAAAGAUUAAUCCACCCAGAAAAGGGGACAAUAACUUCAGGCUGCGUUCUAAAAAACUCAGCUGUGAUUCUGACAUACUGGUGGACAGGGUCAGAGCAAAAGUGGAGUAUUUUUGGGAUGAUCUCCAGAAAGAGUUUGAAGAGCUAGACCCCAACCAUACAGGCUUUAUAAGCAAAGAAGAAUUUAAAGAUAUUUUGACUGAGCUCUGUGUGCAUCUUAAUGAGUAUGAAUGUGAAAUGCUGGGAAAGAAAUUUGAAAGCAAUGGAGAUGGAAGAGUUUCAUAUCAGGAGUUUCUGAAGCCAUUUGCUUUAAGACGACAAAGAUGGAAGAAUGGGAAUAACAUGGCUGCUGUUAUGCAGGCACCUCAGGGUGAGAGAGAUCAAUCCCACACAGGAAUGCAGACUGUGGAGCUGGGUGGUCUGACAACCAGACUACGAAAAAAGUUACGAGGGGACUGGAAGAUCCUCCAAAGAGCCUUUAAGAAGCUGGAUAUUGACAGCAAUGGCUACCUUUCCUUGCCAGAAUUCAGAUCUGUUCUGAAGCUCUGUAACCUUCUGCUAGAUGAGGAUGAGGUCUACCACAUUCUGUCUAAAUUUGAUCCCAAUAUGGAUGGGCGAAUUGAUUACAAGUCCUUUUUGGAAGAAACUUGCAAAAAAGGUCAAUGACCUACAGCCAAAAAAUGUACUGCUAACCCACAAUAAAAUAGUGUAGAAUAUUCUUGUGAAUAAAAGAAGAAUGGCAUCUGCAUUAGCUGUUUAUCUUUCCAGCUAAGUAAUUUGCUUCUCCUUGGUCUGUGCAUCUCUGCUUUGUGUCUAUUGGCUACUCAUGAGUUGCCCACUGUAUUGCCAGUUGCUUUGUAGGGGAAUAAUAAUUCUGAGAGCAGAGUGUGAACUGAGUAUAAAACAACACACUAUAUUUUAAAUGUAAUUCAAGCUGUUGCUAAGGAAACUAACAUUCUUAAAUGCAGAGGUAAGGAUGCAGCUUAGAGAAAUGCUAACAUUUAAAAAAAUAAAACUUUCAGUGAAAUUACCUGGUGGAUUUUUGCAAUUUAGGAUGCAAUAGCAAUGGGAAACAGCCCUUUGACUUUAUUGGGAGUUGAGUUCAUCAAGUCCUUUGUGUGAAACUGGAAUUUGGCCUUUAAUAUAAACAUACAUUGCCAUGCUUAGUUGGCUUUUCUUUUUCUUACAAAAGUAUUUCUCCAUAGAAUACAACAGAGGGCCCAAUUCUGCAGCAGCUCUGCACAUGACUUUACUAAAUAGUCAGUGCUCAAAGUACUUGUAUGUUUAAACCCAAAUUAUUUGGGUUUUUUUUGUAGUACAAUUACAUUUUAAUAAAUGUUUAUGCAUAUAGCUGCUUGGUUAAAUAAAUAU